AUGGUCACUCAAUUGAAAUCCGCCUCUGAAUACGACAACGCCUUGGCUUCCGGCGACAAACUGGUCGUCGUUGACUUUUUUGCCACAUGGUGCGGUCCAUGUAAGAUGAUUGCUCCCAUGAUCGAAAAGUUUGCCGAACAGUACUCCGAUGCUGCCUUUUACAAAUUGGACGUCGACGAAGUUUCAGACGUCGCUCAAAAGACUGAAGUCUCCUCUAUGCCUACCCUUAUCUUCUACAAGGGUGGUAAGGAGAUCACCAGAGUCGUUGGUGCGAACCCGGCUGCUAUAAAGCAAGCCAUUGCUUCCAACGUGUAA